AUCACCGUCGCGCAUUUCUAGCUGCUCUCUCGCUUCCUCCACACUCAGUGGUUGUUUCAUUGGCAUCACAAGUUCUGAAGCUCCCAAGCACUGCAGGCACUGUUCGGAACAAGCGAGUCCGAGUGAGGUCAUUUUAUCGGUGCCAUCCUCCGUCGACGAUUCCUGCCUUCAUCGUCGAAUAUUCGCUCUCUCAGUGACCGAACUACAAUCAAGCUCGAGAACUGUGUCUAUCUCGACCCUCACGACGGACCUGUGCACGUGCAGGCCUGCCAAAUUGCGCUCGGACCCUUGCGUCGAUUCUUCUCACAGACCAUCAUGGGCCGCGAAAACCGCAUCGUCGAGACCGAAGACAUCCUCGUAACCCUCGGUCUAUCCCGCCCAGUCGCUAAACAGUACGCUCCGGAGCUCGAGAACAAUGACACCAUCCUCCUGGCCAGCGUACCCGCCUCAUACAUGAUCUUUCCCCAGGAGGCAGAGGACCUGCUAAAGCAUCCGGAAGAACUUCGCAAUCAGGGCGAGCUCCAUAAGGCCAUGGAAAUCCUUGAGCGCCUGCGGAAGGAAGUCUCCAACAUCGGUGACCCUCAACUGCACGAUGCCCUCGACAUGCGCAUCGCGUACGGUAUGAUGCUCGUGCACAUCGACAAGCACGAAUUCCGCGAGGCGCGUAUCGAAUGCAAACACGCACUCGCACUCGGGGAAAAGUACCCAUGGCUGGCCGAGGUACGUUUUCUCUUGGCUGAUGCUUUCGAUGUCCUCAAUAUUCCAACGCGAUGCUCUUCUUAUGAUACAGAUGCGCAUCUUGCCGCUGGACUUGCUCUACACCGCCUUGGCUCGCUGCUGUGAAGGCAUGGG